CUUAGUGAUGUUUGUUGUAGCCUUUAUUUAAUAUUCAAUCUCUUCACCGGUGUUAUUGGGUACUAUUUAGAGUUCUUGUUCACAAGUUAUCAAAUAUUUCAACUUGUAUUUGUAUAACUAAAGUUUAAAUGAUUUUGUAUUGUUGUGUGUUUUGUAAUCAAGUCUUUUUGAAACCUGGCUAUGAGUUUUCAGAAUCUUGGGUCAAAUUUAUGUUGAUGUAAUUAGGGCUUCAAAGAAGGGUUUCAAAACACAACCUUUGGUUCCAUGAAUUUUAAAUCACCUCAUGUAUUGUAUGUAAUCUCAAUGUUCAUAUAUAUGGAAUAUGGUUCAAAAUUUCAACUUUAUACUGAAAUAUUACUCUUUAAGCACUUUCAAGUGCUACAAGUGCAGAUGUUUUGAACUGGCUGAAGCAUAACAAAUCCGGGCUUUGUUUUUUUUUUUUACUUAAAAAAUUGAAGUGUAGCUACAUUCAUUACUUAUAUGUUUUAGUUCUAUGAAUAACCCUAUUGCUGAAUGUCGUUUUGAGUAUUAAUUAAUGGUUGUACUGCAAAUUAUUUUUGAGAAAUUUUUGCACUGAAUAAGUCAAUUAAUAAUACUAAUGAAUCAUGAAUGUUAUUUUUUCUAACCACUUAGUAUUAUUCUCUAUUCUAUCAGUUGUUUAAAUUAGUUUUUCUCAUAAUUUUGUAAAAUUUCUUGUAAUUUUUCUUUCCGUACUACAGUAUUUAUAUUUGAAUACGUGUUUAUGCUAUUAUAAUAAAAAACAGAGUUAGUAAAUCUCUGUAAUGAGCGUGCAUUUUAUUUGGCAGAAGCUCAACCAAAAACUCACUUAAUGUCUGUAUGAACGUGCAUCCUGCUUUUCAUGCAAAGUUAGGAAAAUUUUACUUCGUACCCCUACAAUUGCCCUUCUACCCCUACAAUUUUGUAAAAAUGCCAACUUUACCCUCAAUAGUUAAUAACCAUUUUACCAUUUUACUUUUUACCAUUCAUCUAGAAAGUCAAAAAAAUUCAAAUCUGCACCCCUACGCACCUUCAAUUCGGAACACUUAUGGUAAGUCAUUCGGUUCACAAAUUAACAAACCGGAACACAUUAUACAAGUCAUCCGGUUCGCUUUUUUUUCUUCCCGGAAGACAUUCUAAAACUGUUCCGGUAAUACGAAAAUCAAACCGGAACAGAUAAGCAAAGUGUUCCGGUGCAUUUGUAAUCAAACCGGAACGGUUUUGAAAAGUGAUCCGGUGAACUUGAUAUCAAACCGGAACAGAUUGGAAAACUGUUCCGGAACGCAUUUUGUAUUUUUAAAUUUUUGGUUUUUUUUUUGUAGGUAUGGAAGUUCCGCUCCAAAUUUGUCGGAAAAACGAGACAGCUAUAGAUACCACUGAUGUUUUCACAACUUCACAGAGAUUUGUCACACGGGAGGAAGUUAUCCGCUGGGUUAAAGAGACCGGAAUCAACAAUAAAGUGACUGUUAUCAUAGCGCGUUCAGACACUGAAACAGGCAAAAGAGGAAGAAGUAACAAAGUUAUAUUUGCGUGCGAUAAAGGUGGAAAAUAUAAGGAUAAAAGUGAGACUCAAAGUGCUACUAAGAGAUGUGGAUGUCCAUUCAAAAUCAGAUCGACUCCGGCAAAAGAUGGGUCUGGAUGGAAGGUUGAUGUAAAAUGUGGAGUUCAUAAUCAUGGUUUACCAGAUAGAUUAGAAGGCCAUUCAUUUGUUGGUAGGUUGACAACAGAUGAGAAGCAGCAUGUUGCUGAUUUGACAAAGAGACAUGUUCCGCCUAGACACAUAUUGACUUCCUUGCAAGAGCGAGAUCCUGAGAACGUCACUCGGAUCACGCAAAUAUACAAGCAUAAAAGUGUGAUUGAAGCGGAGAUAAGAGGUCCAAGAAGUGAGAUACAACAUUUGCUUAAGCUUAUAGAGGAGGCGAACUAUGUUUAUUGGAGUAGGAAACGGGAUGAUUGUGAAGUUGUGAGAGAUAUUUUUUGGGCACAUCCAGAUUCGGUAAAGUUGCUGAAUCUUUUUCCUACUGUCUUGAUUAUGGACGCCACUUAUAAGACCAACAAAUAUAGACAACCUCUGUUUGAAAUAGUUGGUAUGACAUCGACCGAGUUGACAUUUGCGGUUGCAUUUGCUUAUAUGGAGUGUGAGCAGACAGAGAGUUAUAUUUGGGUCUUGGAUAAGCUGAAGCAAUUGUUUGUGAAGAAAGAUGUGGUUCCACAAGUGAUUUUGACGGAUAGAGAUCUUGCUUUGAUGAAAGCAGUUGAAGUUGUUUUUCCUACGACGCAUAACUUGCUAUGUCGCUUUCAUAUUAACCAAAAUGUUGGGAUGAAAUGCAAGGAAUAUGUGAUGAAAGACAUGCGAGAGACGAUAGGCACAUUGUGGAAAGAUGUUGUAUGGGCUAGUAAUGAGGUUGAGUAUGGUGUACGGUUGCAAUAUCUUGAACAAGCAUGCUUUGCUUGUACUAACUUCCUCGAUUACGUGAAGAACACUUGGUUGAUCCCACAUAGGCAAAGAUUUGUAGGCGCAUGGAUUAAUCUAGUGCUUCAUUUUGGUAACACCACGACAAAUCGGGUUGAAUCUGCACAUUGGAAGCUAAAGCAGAUGUUAGGAAACAGCCUUGGUGACAUGGUCAAAGUUUGGGAAGCUAUGAAUUCUAACCUAAAAAUCCAAAUAGGUAACAUUCGAGCUUCGUUUCAAAAAAGUUUUUAUGAGGUUGAGCACGCACACAUUAGUCCAUUUUAUGAUAAUUUGCGUGGUUCAGUAUCGAGAGCUGCUUUGAGACGCAUUGCAGAAGAGUUAUCGAGGCUUGAUUAUGUGUUAAAUAGUAGGGAAAAAUGUGGUUGUACUAUGAGAACAAGUUAUGGGCUACCUUGUGCUUGUGAGAUGGGAAAAUCGAUUGUUGUUGGAAUCCCAUUACAAAUAGAAAGUGUUCAUCUUCAAUGGAGGAUACUAUCUAUGGAAGGUGACUUGCCUUUAGAUGAGGAAGCUGGUUCGGAGGUUGAUAUGAAUAAUGCAAUUGAUGAAUUGUGGAGAAGGUUUAAAUCACUAGAUGUUGUUGGAAAAAGAGCAUUGAAAAGUAGGGUUUGUGAAAUUGCAUAUCCCACAACAACUUCAUUGUGUCCACCACCUGAGAAAAUAAAAACUAAAGGCGGAGUGAAGAGGAAAGGGAAGAAACCAGUUGGGUAUGAUGUUUAUAGGGAUCCUUCAGGUUUUGAGUAUGCUGAUCAGGCGUCUCAAUGUUCACAAAAACAAUCGCAAGCAUCACAAACUUCCAGGAAGCAAUCACAAUCAAAGAAGCAAUCACAAGCAAAGGAUGAGGAUUUCACUCUUCAGUUUCCUUGUCAUAUUAGGCCAUAUAUUACCGAGAUUGUUAAUGUUGUAUCAGAUGGUAAUUGUGGAUUUAGAGCAAUUGCUUCGUGGCAUGGGUAUAGUGAGGAUGGUUGGGCAAUGGUUCGUCGUGACUUGGACAUGGAAUUAAGAGAAAAGAAGGACUUAUAUGAGAGAUUGUUCGGUCUAAGUUUAUCCGAAGUGAGAAAUGGAUUGUUGAUAGAUCAUGUUGGUUUUCAACCACCGGAGAAAUGGUUGACAUUACCAGAGAUGGGUUAUUUGAUAGCGAAUCGGUAUAACAUUAUUCUUGUGCUGCUUGGUAACCCUUGCUUGACCUUUUUUCCUAUGACAACAACAUUUUCUCCAAGUGCUCCUACAUAUUGCAUUGGCCUUGUCAACAGGAAUCAUUAUCUUCGGGUUAAUAUGAAAGAAGGCUUCCCGCUGCCACCCGUCACGGUAGAUUGGAUGAAGUUUCGUCUUCAAGUGGCGACAUCUUGGAUGUUAGGAUUUGCUGGACGUCUUCAACAUUGGCAUCAUCUUACGCCUAUGUUACCAUCACGUGUUAAUAUAGAUUAAUUAAGUGACUUUAAUUUAUAUGUAAUA